CCACCACCUGGCCCACUACCACCACCACCUGGCCUACUACCACCACCACUACCACCACCACCACCACCCCCUGGCCCACCACCACCAGGCCCACUACCACCACUACCUGGCCCCCCACCACUACCUGGCCCACCACCACCCCAGGAAGCCUGUAUUCCUCCACUGCUCCCCUCAGCAAACUCCCUCUGCAUUUCUCUCUUCUGGUGGACUCUAUUGUUCCGUCCUGUGAUGAGGGUAUGUACCUGCCCAGGUUCGUGCAGCCAACACCACUCAACGGAGAACAUCUCCACGCCGAGGUCAACAAAGAGCUGGAGUUCAGGGUCAAGGCCGAGGCUACACACUCAACGAUUAAUGAUGUCAUCGUCAGUGGACCUCUGAACAUCACCAAUCACAUGACUACCCAGGGGGAGUUUGUCAUCCGGUGGACACCCAUCCGGGACAAUCUGGGGGAAUAUUUCCCCAUUUGCUUCAUCACUGAGGGGCUAUCUGGAUCUAGUGUUUAUCAAUCUGAGAUGAGAUGUGUUGUGGUGGAGGUCGGACGCAGAAAGGUCAAAGCCAAGGUGGUGUGUGAUGAGACCAAGAUGACGGUAGAAGUGGAGAAGUCCUCUGUUACUGGAAUUGACGAGGACCAUCUCCGCCUCAACGAUCCCAGUAACUCUGCCUGCGACCUGCAACGCUUCUCUAACAACACCCACAUCAUUGGAGUCAUCCCCCUCAAUGCCUGUGGCACUCAGAUAGAGGAGGACGACGACAACCUCAUCUUCAAGAACGAAAUCACCACCUUCGACAACCCCAACGACAUCAUCACCAGGCACCACCAGGUGGAGAUCCAGUUCUACUGCCAGUACGCCAAACGUGGCAACGUGUCCCUGGGCUUCAGUGCACACAGGGACAGCAUCACGGUGGUGGAGAAAGGCUUCGGCACGUUCACCUACCAGUUUGAGUUCUACCAGACCAGCCAGUUCACCAAUAUGGUGGAUUCCCGUGACUACCCGUUAGACGUGGUGGUGAAGCAGAUGAUCUACAUGGACAUUGAGGCCGUGUCCACUGUGAACAACACUGAGCUCUUCGUGGAGUCCUGCAGAGCGGCGCCGUACGACAACCCCAACUACCACCCCACCUACCCCAUCAUAGAAAACGGGUGCAUUGUGGACGAGACGGUUCAAAUCUUCUCACCCCGUCACCAGAGGCAUUUCCAGUUCGGAAUGGAAGCUUUCAAAUUCAUCGGAAUGCACGACCAGGUGUACAUCAGCUGUUCAGUGAUCCUGUGUGAGGCUGGGAACCCCAACACCCGGUGUGCCCAGGGCUGCGUCAACUCCACCUCCCCCCAGCCUGCUGGCCACCACCACCACCGCAAGAGAGAGGCCGCCAUGCAAACGGCCAAACACCACAUCUCCCAGGGUCCUUUGCGCCUGAGAAGGAGUUCAGAGAGCUCAGUGACCAACAUGAACAUGGGGUUGAUGGUUGGGUGUAUCGUAGCAGCCGUUGCCAUGCUGUGCGGAGUGAUGCUCUACAAGGACAAAACAUCAGGCGUUAAAUACCAGCCCCUGACAACAUUUGAGACUUAGUCCGAUGGCAGCCAUCCUUUCACGUAUAGCCUGCAUUAUAGAAAGAAGGAUGGUGGGAAAUAUAGAAGAUUUGAAAGUGGUCUCUGACUUUUACAAUGAAAUGUCUCUUGGGAUCAAUACAAGAAUAUGCAUUAAUCCGUAAACGUACUUAGCGGUAACUCCAAUUAUAACAUGUGUCUUGGCUGACCAAGUCAAAAGUUCUUAAUAGCCACUCGAGCACCAGUAGGAUUGCAAGUGUUCAUAUAUCACAGGAAGCUGCUGAGGGGAGCACAGCUCAUAUUGUCUGGAAUGGAGUGAGUUGAGCGAAUGGUAUUUGAUACCAUUCUACUCAUUUCACUCCAGCCAUUACCAUGGACCUGUGAUCCCCAAUUAAGGUGCCACCAACCUCCUGUAAUAUAUCUAUAUUUACUGUAGCCUAGCCUAUAUGCAUGUGACCCAUAUAGUGCCCUCUAGUGUACAAAUGAGGUGUAAUAUACAAAGACAGAACAGCUAUAAACCACACAACAACUGUAGAGGUUAGGCCCAAAUGUCUCCUCCAACUUGUUUGACCAGUUUAACUCCUGCUUCUUCUUAUGAUCUGUAUUGUGAUGUGGGGAUAGUCAUGUAAUACUGGGAUGUACUCUGAAAUACCGCUGUCACAUUCUGGAAAGCUUUCUAUAUAGGCCAGGGUCUGUUGAACCAGGGAUCAAUUAUAUUUAUUUGUUAUGAUUGUGUUACAUCAAAAUGGGACCCUGGUUAAAAUAAAUGUUUAGUCUAUAUGAUUCUGCUGAGGAAAUAUAGACCUAUAGGCCUAAUGCAAAGAAAUGAUGUAUAGAUUUAUUUUAAAUUAGUGAAUUCCUUGUUGUAUACUCAAUUCAUCUUGACGCUGCCAUGUGUACUGGAAUAAAACUCAACUCUAAAUAAGUUGACACCAGUGGAGGCUGCUGAGGGGAGGACAGCUCAUAAUAAUGUCUGGAACGGAGUGAAUGGAACGGCAUCAAACUCAAGGAAACCAUGGAAACCAUGUGUUUGAUGUAUUUAACACCAUUCCAUCCUAUUCCGCUCCAGCCAUUAUCAGGAGCUUGUCCUCCCCAAUUAAAGUGCCACCAACCUCCUGUGGUUGACACAGUUCAGUGUUGAAUACAAGUGGGUCAUUCUUGGGCUGGGUAAUAUUUCAGUCCCUCUGACUUUUAUAUUAUAUUUCAAGUAUUGCGUCACCAAAAUGAAAUGUUAAAAGAUUUUGUAUAUAAAUUGAAAUAUCCAGUAUAAUGAAUUGAAAUAAAUAUAGCAUUAUAUUUAAUAUUUCUAAUUAAAACAUCUUAUUUUUUAACUGACA